AUGUACAACUUGACACCCCAUGAGAUGUUCAACGAGACACUCAACGGGACAAUCCAUGGGAUGUACCACGAGACACUCCACGAGACACUCCAUGGAAUGUACAACGAGACAUUCAAAGAAACACUCAACGAGACAAGCAACGAGACACACAACGGGCCAAUCCAUGGGAUUUUCACUGAGACACUCAACGAGACAAUCAGCGAAACACUAAACCAGGCACACAACGAGACACAGAACGAGACACUCAACGAGACAACCAACGAGACAACCAACGAGACACACAACCAGAUACUCAACGAGACACUCAACCAGAUACCUAACGAGACACUCAACCAGAUACCCAACGAGACACUCGACCAGAUACCCAACGAAACACUCAACCAGAUAUCCAACGAGACACUCAACCAGAUACCCAACGAGACACUCGACCAGAUACCCAACGAGACACUCAACCAGAUACCCAACGAGACACUCAACGAGACAACCAACGGGACACUCAGUGAGAUACUCGACGAGACUCUCACACUCAUAGAGUAA